ACGGUUGAAGCAUUGGUAUCCAAUAUUGGUCAAUUAAUAUUCCAAAAUUAUGAUGCAGGUAUCGAAUCAGUAUUUGUAAAGGUUACUAAGCCGAAUGCAUUUAGUCACAUUGAAGGUGUCGGUGUAUCUUCAUAUAUGAACCAGAAAACAUUCAAAGACGCACAGCCGCUUGUUUUAACCCAAGCCCCUAGUUCAGCUUUUAAUAUGCCAGUAGAAGAAGUUACCGCCUCCACAUAUGAAGGAGACCAUAUUGCAUUUAUUGCUUUUGGGUCAAAUACAGGGAAUCAAGUUGAAAACAUUCAAAGGGCGUUGACUCUCUUGCAACAAUACAAUAUCCAAGUUGAAUCAACAUCAUCUUUGUAUAUCUCGAAACCAAUGUAUUAUCUCGACCAGCCUGAUUUCUACAAUGGUGUGGUUAAAGUAUCAUUCAAAGAUUUAGCACCUCACAAAUUGUUAGCUAUUCUUAAGGAAAUCGAAUAUAAACAUAUCAACAGAGUAAAGGAAUUUGACAAUGGACCUAGAGAGAUAGAUUUAGAUAUUGUCCUUUAUGAUGAUAUUCUGUUGAAUACUCCUGAUUUGAUAGUACCUCACAAAUCAAUGUUGGAGAGAACAUUUGUUUUACAACCAUUAUGUGAAUUAUUGCCGCCUGAUCAAAUACACCCAAUUAGUGCCGAACCAUUCCAUAAUCAUUUACAACAACUUUUUGCUAAUGCUCCUGCCGAAUCAUUACAGGAAUCAUCGCAAUUGCUUCAAUUCAUACCUAUUCCAAGGCUCGAGGCUCGUAACAAUCCCCUCAAGUUCGACCAAGUAUACAAUAAGCAUCCUACUUUAAUCAUGGGGAUUUUAAACAUGACUCCUGAUUCAUUCAGUGACGGAGGAAAGAAUUUUGAUAAAUCCCUUGCUGAAGUAGUCAGAAGUGCUGAAAAGUUGGUUGAGGAUGGAGCUGACAUCAUUGACAUUGGUGGGGUAUCUACCCGUCCAGGAAGCAUAGAACCAAGUGAAGAGGAGGAAGUCAAGAGAGUUCUUCCUAUUGUUAAGGCUAUCCGUUCAAGCCAGAAUAAAAAAUUGGCUAAUGUUUUAAUUUCCAUUGACACUUAUAGAUCAAAAGUUGCUGAAGAGUGCCUUAUCGCUGGGGCUGAUAUUAUCAAUGAUAUUUCCAUGGGCAAAUAUGACGAGAAAAUCUUUGAUGUGGUUGCCAAGUAUGGAUGUCCUUAUAUUAUGAACCAUACUAGAGGUACUCCUGAAACCAUGUCAAAAUUAACAAAGUACGAGUCCAACACCAAUGAUGAUAUCAUAGAGUAUGUCAUUGAUCCAACCCAAGGUCAUCAAGAACUUUCAUUACCUCCAAAUAUUAAGAAUUUAUUGAAUGGAGUUUCCCGUGAAUUGGCUCAUCAAAUGUUUAAGGCUUUUGAACGUGGGGUUAGAAAGUGGCAAAUUAUUGUUGAUCCCGGUGUUGGUUUUGCCAAGAAUGUUCAACAGAAUCUUGCCUUGGUUAAACAUGCUUCAUUCUUCAAGAAAUACUCAAUUCAAAUCAACGAAAGAGAUGAUUUGGUUGUUAAACACAAAUAUUUGAGUUUCAAUGGUAUGUCUGUGUUGGUAGGAACUUCAAGAAAGAGAUUCUUGGGAACUAUCACCAAACAACCAACUCCAACUGAAAGGGUUUUCAGUACCGGUGCUACUGUAACGUCAUGUAUUGAACAAAAUACCGACAUUAUAAGAGUUCAUGAUGUUAAAGCCAUGAAAGAUGUUGUAAUUACCAGUGAUGCCGUUUACAGGGACAUAUUUGAAGACUAA